AUGUAUAAUAUUUGUCUAAUAUUAUUAUGUGUAAUAAAAAUUGUGUUAUCUAUACAACGAAGUUUCGAACAAGAUGAAUCAACAUUUACCGAAUGUUUACGUACUGGUCAAGCUCAAUCUGUAAUGGCAUGUGCUGGUCUAACAGCAUUAAAUAAAUUACAAAGUUUACAAAGUGAACAAAGUUAUACAUUAGUAGAUGGCUUUACAUUAAUUAAUGAUAUUAAUAAUAAUGAACAACAACAUACUAGAGGGAUUCCAAUAUUGGAACGCGAUCCAUCUGAUUUUAGGGGAAUUUUUGAUGCCGUUGGAACAGCAUUGUCACAACGAUCUAUGCAUUGGGAUAUGAGUACUAUAUAUCCUGGACUUGGACUACGUUUGGGUCCGAGUUAUGGUGCAAGCGGUGUCCUAGAAUUUGUUUUGGAUCCUAUACGAGAAACUAUGGGUAGCGUAAAAGAAACUAGUUCGACAGCUAGACUUUUGACUCGACAACUAUUGGUGCCGUUUUUAUUGGGUUUUAAAUUUAAUACAGCAACUUUAGUGCCAAUUUUAUUUGGAAUACUUGCUUUAUUAGCUAAAAAAGCUGUCAUAAUCAGUAAAUUGGCAUUGGUAAUAUCAAGUGCUUUAGGACUUGGCAGUUUAUUGUUUGGAGCUGGUGGAGGAGGCCCGGCAGGGUUUGGAGGAUAUGGACAGCAACCACCUUUUGGUUUCGGGGGGCAUAAUGGUGUUCAUUACUCAGAUCGAUUUAGUGCUCAUCCUUUAAAUGUCGGUGGUAGUGGACAUUUUCAUCAUCAUUAUAAAGGAGAUAAUAUUAAUUUGAUGAAGAGCUCACAGCCGGAUCCAAAUCACCAUUCACCGCUGUCACCCUCUCCGGCAUACACUGAAACAAUAUAUCGAGGCCAAGUGAACGGAAAUGAUGGCAGUGAUGAUACUGAUGAAUUGACGCUUGGCGGACGUCUACAGGAUAUAUAUACGACACGAGGUGGAGGAUUGACGAGAGUCGAAAAUUGGACUCGGCCCAAUCAAUAUCAGGGAUCCAACGUUAAAACGACGUUAUUAUUCGAUGAUAAUAUUAUAUAUGGCCAGUUUAGUCCAUCACGUAAUAUCGAUGAGAAAAAAUCAGUAUUUAAAAAAAUUUCUGAAUGUUUACAUAAUGGUGAUAGUUUUGUAUGCUUAAAAGAAUAUACAGUGACAUUGUUAAAUGAUGCAAUUGUUAAUGACAAAACAAUAUCUGUAUCAAGUUAUUUUGAUAUUGUUAAGGAUCAAAAUUAUCAUUUAAAAGAAGAGGAUAAAUUAAAUGACAAUAAAUUACACCAAUUAGAUACGAUAAAAAAUCAAACGGAAAAGAAUAUUGUAUUAGAUGAAUUAAUUACUGAUAAAUUGGAGCAAUUUUUAGAGUCACGUAGUUUAAAAAUAAAUUUUGCACCAGUGAUUGAAGGUCGUGGUAAAAAGAAAGACAAAUAUGGUGGUAUGAUGUUAGCAGGUGGUUUAGCCAUGGCUGGUAUGAUGGCACAAAUGGCAAUGGGGAAAAUUGCAUUUAUAGCUGGUACAGCAUUGUUAGUGGCAAAAAUGGCCUUAUUAAUGUCAUCGAUAAUUGGGCUAAAAAAGUUAGUGGGUAGUUCAGGUGGUUCUGAGCAUGUUGUAGUAACAGCGGCUGCACCAUCCAGUGAUCAUGGUCAUGGUGGAUAUGGAGGCGGAGGUGGAUGGUCCAGAAGCUUAGAUGCUGUAGGAUUAGCUCCCUCAUCACAGAAUGCUGCAAAUAUGUUAGCAUACAAAGCAUACUAUCCAAUUGUAGAAAAAUUAAAUGACAACAUUAACUAUACGGAAAAUGAAACCAAGAAGAAGAAAUAA